AAUCACAACAAACGUUUUGUAAUUAAGUGUGUAUCGGGAAAUAAAAAUGCAAAAGGAAAAAAAAAUCGUCUCUGAUACGGAACAAGAAUAUCCUUUUAUAUCUUUCGUAGACUGCGAAGAUUUGUCGAACAAAUUAAAACUAUUAAAUUACGAGGACGAAUUUUUGAAAGAUUUGAAGAUAAAACCCAUACAUAAAUUUUAUUUUGUUGUUGCCAAAAAUCCAGGGGAGCAGUUCUACCUAUUCUCCCUUCUAGCAGCAUGGUUGGUGAGAAAAGUGGGAAAAGAAUUUGUACAGCCUCAAGAAUAUGAUGAUCCAAACGAAACAAUUAACAAAAUUUUAGAGGCCGUUAAAGAAAAUGGGUUGAACGUGGAUUUCUCAGCGAGUAAACUGAAACAGGGUUUCGGAGAACAAGUCGUGAACAUCCUGGACAACUUAGCAACGGCUGCUUUAAAACAUAAGAACUUUAAAUGGGACAGUCCCAAGGCUCCGGAAGAAACGGAGGAGGAGGUGGAUGUUAUGGAGGACGAAUCCGAAAUAAAUUUAGACCGGGUUGAGGAAGAAAUGAUCGCUGCUUAUUCGGACGACUCGGAUGAGGAAAAUAUAUUCAGGUUGGAUGACUUGAAACCAAGAAAAAGGGAAAUAACCGCCAGCGAACUGAAGUCUAACAUAGAUGAAGAAUCAUGGAGAAUUGAGGUGGAGCGAGUGUUACCUCAACUUAAAGUAACCAUAAAAAAUGACAGCAGGGAUUGGAGGGCUCAUUUCGAACAGAUGAAGAAUCACAAGAACAACAUCGAAUUAACGCUAAACCCAACGAAAACCCACCUGGAAAAGCUACACAAGGACAUCUCUUCAACUUUGGACAAAGUUGGGAGCAGAGAAAAAUACCUGAAUAGAGAACUGGAGGACACUUUACAGCAGUAUAGACUUUUGCAGGAUCAGCUUUCUCAAGUCAGGGACAAAUACAAGAGUGUGAGUUCGGGAGUUGCUGAUAGAAAUCGAGAACUGAGCAAAUUAACCGAUCGAUUGGAAACUGUCAAGCAACAAAUGGAGGAACGCGGAAGUUCCAUGACUGAUGGAACUCCUUUGGUGAAUAUAAAAAAAUCGGUGGCUAAAAUCAGGCAGGAAAUCAUCGAUAUAGACGUAAGAAUUGGCGUUUUGGAGUGUAUUCUGCUGCAGACCAAAAUCAGAGAUGAAAAACAACUUGAAAAUGAAUUUGGCCAAUCAAUUUCAAUAUUUUAAUAGUUUUAUAAUGUAGUUUACACAGUUUUAUGAGACCAAUUAAUAUAAUAAACUUACGUUUAAUUUUAUUGCA